AUUCAUUCAUUCAAUCGGCCGGCGGCGUUGCGUGGAGGAGGUGUUGUAUCGCGCACCGUAAUGGCGGGAUUUCGUGUAAACUAAAAGUUUCUUCGAAACUUCCCCAACACAAAACCAUGAACUAAACUAACGUUAAACUAAAGCAAAGUACUACAAAACGUAUAUUUCGUUCGAAACCGGCAGUUUUUAGUGAAAGUUCACCGGUCAGGAUGUCGGUUAAUUCAAAGUGGCGGUUACCUGGCGUUUUUUGUGUUGUGUGUUGAAUGGAUGUCUGAAUUUAAUUCGCGGUAGAGAGAUGGGCGAGUAGUAAACCCAGCAUCGUAUGGACUUACACGAUGCCUUUCGUACAGCGUGUGGUGGAGCCGAAGUUUGUGUCGCGGACCAGCUUGCGCGAUGCGGAUGGGCGGCCGAAGGUCUCUGAUGAAGAGUUGCAGGCGGUGACUAACUGCACGCUGAGCAAUGCGCUGCGGCAACUGGCGUCGCUGGUGCUCCUGGCUGAGGACAUCUUCAGCGAGCUGACGGUGACCCUGGAGGGCAUCACGGAGCGGUCCAAGGCCGCGCAGACCAAGAUCGACAGGAUCUCGGCGCUCGUCGACCAGUAUGACCCCAAGAAGGUCCCAGUCCCGGAGGGCAGCCUGUCGGACUUUGCUAUACGCAAAGUGCACUUCACGGCGACCAGAUCCCUCCGGAAAGAGCUCUUCACACCUGACACAAGGCCGCCCAGUCUCCGCAACCUCUACGGCAAGGCGGGCAGCGAGCGCCUCUCCACGUCAGUCCUGGACCAGCUCCGGAAAGACUCCGAGCACUCGCCCUUCCUCAUCUGCACUCCAGUCCUGACGGCCAAGCGGAGGCGGAUCCUGCAGCGGGUCAAUGUGGAGAUCGAGACGCACAUUCCAUCGGUAGUCGAGAGCCUCCGCAAAUGGACGUCCAGAGAAGCCAUGGGCGAGGUGUCCGUCCUGCCAGAUUCUUCCCUCCGGAUCUCCAGCGGCGUGACCUUGACCCCGGAUGAACUCUCGGAGUACGGGUCAGGGGAAGACGAGCCCAUCGACCACAGACUGCCGAGUCCUGAGGAGCAGAUGAGCGUCAUCGCUUCUAAAUUCCCGCCAGAAUUAGUAGCGAUCGACACUUCCGGAAAGUUCUUCGACCGGAUGUGCACGUCCCGGAAGUCGCUUGUGCAGCUCGAGACCACGGGAGAGACAGACACGGUCAAACGUAGAACCCGCAGUCGAAAGCCUAGGGGUAAAAGACGGAACACCAUAUCUGGCACUGAUCAAAAAGAGCUUAGAGAGGCAAUAGCUGGCGACGACACAAACGCUGUGGAAGCCGAAGAGACUGCGGAUAGCACUGUGAUCCGAUCGCGGUCGAGCGAUCUGCUCAAGAAGAGUCCCAUAGACCCCAUUGUCAAAAAGGGACACUUCAACUCCCUCAAGCAAUGGGGCAAGAGUAGGUUAAGAAUGAUCGGCCGGUCGCCGAGCGCCAGUAGAGAUAGCUUUAGAGAUUCCUUAAGGUCAGAGAAGAGUAAAGAGACUAAAUCCCCGACGCGAGCAGAAGAGACGACCAUGCAGGAGACAGUGACGAUGAGACGGAAACGCCCCAGUGAUGAGGACAGGAGGUCGCAUCAGCGUUGUGCGUCAUACUCCUCCUCAGAAAAGAGCAUAGGCAUCCCCACUGCCGUGCAGACCACAGCGACCAUCAACAGUGGAGUGAAGCUGCGGGGCACAGCUACAACCAGAAGGCUCAGACGCUCAGGCAUCGGAAAGGAUGACAUUCACUCGUCCAGUGGAAACUGGUCCGCUAGCUCCGAGUCAGGACGAACGAGCAUCGGCUCAGAGAUCACUACCACAACUGUGCCGCCUAAAAGCACAACCUCCGCCGGAACCUCCAACAACUCACUAAACAUUAACCACCAUGGUCCUCCCAGUUCCAUCAUCAGCAGGAGAAGGUUCCUUAACACCUCUGGUUCGGGUAGCGUCACUAGCGAAGGAACCCUGACUCCAGACAUUAUACACGAUUUACACGAAGAUCUGGAGACCAGCUCAGAGUUCUCAUGUGACACGGAAGGGUACUACACAUCGUUCCAUAUGGAUUCCGGAUUGAAGACGUUGAAAGAGGAAGACAUAUCACCAAGUACCCCGAUGCACACCAGUAAUGCCUUGUCUAACUCUUCCAAUAGUCAAACGUUGACGGCUGAAAGCGAAUAUGAGUUGUUUGGUAAAGGGUCGACCAGUACCACCACUAGUUCGGCUGGUACGGUCUGCACAACAUUAAUGGCUGCCGGCAGUGACAGGUCACUCAUCAUAGGUCCGACGGUACCAGAAAGAAAAAGUUCCUUGACGAAAUUAAACAGAGGUCGCCAUAAUAACGUCCACAGCGCCAACGCUAGCCUCGAUAGAAGUCUGAACUCUUCAUUCUCAAAAUCUCCAUUCAGCAGCCUCCGAUACAACCCAGUCACUCGUACAUACACCGAGAAACAAAUGCACAAUCAUUCCUCGCCAGAAAUAAGCGAAAUUCCAACAUCGACUAUUACUAUCACGAGAAAUGUCGGUAAUCACAUGACUGCGGUCGCCGAGAUCCACACUGAGACCGAAAUGGAAAGUGCUAAAAAGAGCACCGGAACGAGCUCGCCUGACUCUGGCCACAACACGUCUAGCUCUCCCAUAGAAGACUCAGUUUCGAGUGCACACGGGAAGAACAGCUUGUCUGAACAAGACUAUUCAGAGUCCUCAGACCUUGAAGGCACCGAUAGAAUAGAGAGAAUAAGAUACAAAACUACGAUAAGCAGCGCACGGAUUCCAUCGCUCUGCGUGAUCACUCCGACCAACUCGGACGAUGAGAGCGAAAGCGGAAACAAAGAUGAAUGUGAAAGUACUUUGAAGAAGUGCGCAAGCAGACCGAAACUAGAAUUACCGCCAGAAGACAAACCUAAACAAGCUAAAAGUCCAACUGAAGCGACUAAGACUACAAAAACAAGCGCACAAACGAAGAAAUCUUCAUUACAACCAUUAAACAGUCUGAUGUGUAAACUAAAAGGUGUCUUGCCAUCUAAACUAACAAGUAAAAAAUCACCAUCACCUAAGGAACUGAAUUCCAGCGACGAAUUGUACGAUGCCGGUGACUACGUGACUAUAGCCGACGUUAAGAAUAACAACCAGAAAGUGAGUCUGAACCGAGGCAUUUACGGCAACAACGAUAUUGUACGGAAGAACUUGCAAACCGUCCUGUCUGGAAGGCUUCCGGACACUGAAUACGUAUCGCUCAACGAACUACCCAACUGCCUGAACGAGAGCAAGGACUACUUAGAGCGGGAAAAACCGUCCCAAGCGUUAGAAGAAGUCCAACGUAAAGGGGCGAAAGUAACCCUCGACUCUCAAGGUCAAGUGGUCUACUCAUCCGACACGUUGCGGCGAAGAAAAGGGGCCCACACGACCUUCGAGCCAGGACCGUUCGUGCAGGAACUCAACCCGACCACCAGCGUGGUUCAACGGGAGACAGCAGACGUCGUCAGAAUCACAGAUGAAACAGACUUUCCAUGCGACCCGCAACCAACAAGCAAGCCAACCUCCCCGCAACUGGGGAAAGUGAUCAUCAAAGCUCCGACAGUGCCCGACGGCCCGGUCACUAAGGAGUUCAUUCCACUGCCGACCCCUAAACCGAGCACCAUCAUUACUGCUUCGCCGGUUACUGAGACCCCCCCCACCCCCACUAAACAGUCCCCAGCAGCGACCAGUGACCCCCCGCGCGUGGUCGACGCCAUCACUAGAACUGGGGCGUACGUUAAUAUUCACGACGCCGACGGUGUCAGCUUGUCACCGACGAAAGACCAUUUAGAAGACUAUCGACAUUCCAGUGCUGACAAGGCCUAUAUGAACAUUCCCCCGCAAGUGAUUCAGGAGCGCGCCCCCGUCAUCGACAUGAGUCCUCUGUCCCCCGCGCUGCAGCCCCCACACGCGGCGCACCUCCGCGGCAGACACGGCGUCCUCAACUACGAAAACCCUACCGAUUCAAGAAGACACCAGCCCAUGUACUGGACACUACCCAAGAGAACCCCUCCUCCACUCGAACCCACUAUACCCCGCUCCAAGACCUACGAACAAAGGUCAGAUUACUUCGCGCCAAAGCCAAGUAUUCAACCCGAUCCUUUCAAAGCGUCUACCAGCCAGGCGAGUGAAGAGUCAAUCCGGAUAUCGCCCAUAGAUCCCCGGUCAGUUGGCCCCUUCAAGUCUUCCACGCCGGCGGGCAAGGAUACUGUUGUGGAUUUAGGGAAAAGGAUGCUGAGUCCAGUCAAGUCUACUAUGACCAAUGAGGAGUUGUACGCAAUCAUUCAUAAGAGUAAAAAGAAAUUGAACAUCAAAGACGGACCGGAGAGGUCGGCGUCGCCGGCACUGUCAACGAUAAGCUUAUCCCCCGUCAACUCAGAGUCUUCGUUGUACAGUAAAGGAACCCAAAGGCAUCCUGAAACAGGGUACCUUGGGGAUCCGAGGUCUAGAAAUAGUUGGUCAACGCCCUCAGACAGAGUUGGAGUGCCGGUACAACAUUCCGCCGUCAGCAGAGUUAACAAACCAGAGACAACAUGCGCGGACCGCUACGGCCCGGUGCCACAAACUUCCAGACUAGACUUCAAGAAACUGCUUCUGCAGCACAGCGUCAAACUCAACACUCUUAACCCUCAGAAGUCUACCAAGCUAUCAGCAGUGGAACAGUUGAGGCUGGCGAAAGAGAGGACACAAACACUGCCGUCGCCUGGUGCUAACGCUAACAGGUCACACGUAAACAUUCUAGAUCUUAGUGGCUCGCCGAAGACCUACGCACAGAGGAAGAUCAUGAAGCCAGCCCCGCAGCCGGCCUCCCCAGGCCGCGCGGGGGCGCUGAUCAAAGAACACAAGUCGAGCCCCAAAAUCGUCCUCUCGCCAAAAUCUCAGUGGCGAUUCUCCAGCCCCAGAUCCGAUGUGUUAUCGUCACCCAUUCCAGAGGCGAACAACGAGGAUGACACCUCAAACAGUUCAGGAGAGAAGCACGACACAUCGCCCAACCAUCCCCAAGUGAAAACAGUGCCUAUAAACACGAACCAGCAUUUCGGUGCGCGGCGCAACCUGAUACCUAUCAACGAGAUAUUUGAAAGAGAUACAGAGUCGCCUGAUUUAGUUGAUCAAGGAGUGUUUCCCUUGAGUGGGGAAAAGUCUCCUGGUCUUACCCGUACGGAAUUACUCCAGGCGAGGAGGGCUGAGUUCUUCAAUACCCCUCCCGAAGCGUCGCCGCCUAAACUGUCUUCAUUCAGGCAGCCCGCCGCCGCCGCUCGAAGCAAGACGCCGGAGAAACGGAUGCCUUCACCGUCUACCUUAGAAACUGCCUUAUGAUACAGAUAAACACGGCACUGUCACGUCCCGUUAGCAGUUAUGAUGUUCAUUAAACUAAGUGUAACUAGUAGACGCUUUAAUCUAGUCUCUUCUUGCUUAUAGUGUCCUCUUUGGACGCACCCAAACCAGUGAUUGAAUUUUAAACACUAUUCAAGUUUUUCUAAUUUGCUCUUAUGGAGGUUACAUUCGUCCGUUUCGUCUCCAAUGUAUAGUCUCUACGGCUAGUUAUUAGCUUUUAAGUAUUUAUUGAAUACACUCGUAAGUUUAGGUAUCUAAGUAGAUUUUAAACUUUUGCAAAGUUUCAUAAGUUAUAAAAAAUACAAUUUUAAUAAAAAUGUGUUGAUUA